CACUCACCAGUGGGUGAAAUAUGGAGAUGGUCACCUAUGAUGACGAAUCUGAGAUGUCUAUGGUAUAUGAAAACUUCCACGAUGCCACAGUCAGGAAUGAUGCAUUAAAGAGCCGCUCUGGAGAAGACAGUAACGUUCCAGCUGCACCUGGAAUAAAACUGUACAGACUGGUUGCUGUGAGCUUCGGACUCCUGUGUAUCCUGCAAGCGACUCUCAACAUUUCCCUCCGUCUUGCUCUCUAUACUGAAGCCACAUGUAAAAACCUGACUGAAGAGAGAGAUGAUCUGGAGAGGAAGCUGAAAACCUCUGAUACUGAAGCCAGAUGUAAAAACCUGACUGAAGAGAGAGAUGAUCUGGAGAGGAAGCUGAAAACCUCUGUUUCACAGCGCGAUUCCCUGACUGAAGAGAGAGAUGAGUUGAAGAGGAUCAACUCUGAUACUGAAGCCAGAUGUAAAACCCUGACUGAAGAGAGAGAUGAUCUGGAGAGGAAGCUGAAAACCUUUGGAUGGGUGUAUUUCAGCGAUAGAGUCUAUUACAUUUCUUCUACCAAGAAAACCUGGCAAGACAGUAGAAAUGACUGUCUUCAGAAAGGUGCAGACCUGAUGAUUAUCAACAGCAAAGAAGAACAGGAUUUCACGAGACAGUUGAAGGAUAAUGUGUGGAUUGGACUCACUGACAGAGAGACAGAGGGGACAUGGAAAUGGGUUGAUGGGACUCCACUGACAACAAGCUACUGGGCGAAGAAUGAGCCUAGCAAGGGUUUCCUUGGACAAAGAGAAGACUGUGGAGAAGUGAUGUUGCAUCAAAUGAAAGAAAACUGGAAUGAUAAAUUAUGUGAUGAACCAAACUUCUGGAUCUGUGAAAUGAACAUGAUUUUUUAGGUGUAAACAUUGUUUUCAGAUUGGUCGGCUUUGUGUGGAUGCUGUUACUGUGCUGCAGGGAAAGUGGCCACAUACAGGAACAGAUGUCCAACUGUGGUCACUGCUUUGUUUGCAAAAGAUAAUGCAAAGAAUAAUGAAGAGUGUAAUGUAUU